AUGGAGUCACUCAGUGCCGCAAACAUUCAUCUGGGGCUUGAUCUUCUCAAAGAAAUGAGGAAAACGAACGAUGGCAACAUCUUCUUCUCCCCYGUGGGCAUCUCAACUGCCAUUGGCAUGCUCCUCCUGGGGACCCGAGGAGCCACAGCCUCCCAGUUACAGAAGGUAUUUUAUUCUGAAAAAGACACCGAAAUCUCCAGAAAAGAGGUUGAAGAAAAAGAGAUUGAGAAGACAGAAGAGAUCCAUCACCAAUUCCAACAGGUUUUGACUGAAAUAAGCAAACUCACUAAUGAUUAUGAACUGAACUUAGCCAAUAGGCUGUUUGGAGAAAAAACAUUCCUCUUCCUUCAAAAAUACUUAGAUUAUGUUGAAAAAUAUUACCAUGCAUCUCUGGAACCUGUUGAUUUUAUAAAUGAAGCUGAUGAAAGUCGAAAGAAGAUUAAUUCCUGGGUGGAAAGCCAAACAAAUGAAAAAAUCAAGGACCUGUUUCCAGAUGGCUCUCUUAGUAGCUCUACCAAGUUGGUGCUGAUAAAYACAGUUUACUUUAAAGGACAGUGGGAUAGGGAGUUUAAUAAAGAAAAUACCAAGGAAGAGGAAUUUUGGCUGAAUAAGAAUACAAGUAAGUCUGUGUGGAUGAUGGAACAGCACCAUUCUUUUAGUUUCGUUUUCCUGGAAGACUUGGAUGCCAAAAUCGUGGGGAUUCCAUAUAAAAACAAUGAC